AUGUUUGCCAAAUCCGUUAUCGCUCUCUCCGCCCUUGCUGGCGCUGCCUACGCCGCAACCAAUGAGACUGUCACUGUCUCUGCCUUGCAGGUUACCUCCAUUGUCGACGACGAUGGUGUCGGUGCUGGUGCGAACACCUACACCUUCUACACUGGUGAUGGAUCUACUGCUGCCGGAUGGCCAGCUCUUGAUGACUGGGUCUCCUUCGAAGACAUGUUCACCGCCAAUCAAGAGCUCAUGACCUCGGGCUGCGGCCAAUAUGACGUUGCCGAUGACACUACCAGUGAAAUCGACGAAAUCCGCAGCGCCAUCAACGAAGUUGCUCUGGCCACCUACGUUGACCACCGAUUCAUCCUCGCUAUCAUCAUGCAGGAGUCGACCGGCUGUGUCCGAGUCCCUACUUCCUCCUACUCCGUCCCCAACCCGGGCCUCAUGCAAGACCAUGACGGUUCCCACAGCUGCAACAGCGACGGCACUGUUCAGGACCCAUGCCCUGACUCUGAGAUCGAGGGUAUGAUCAGCGAGGGUACCGCUGGUACCGAGUCUGGGGAUGGUCUCGCCAACUGCAUCAACGAGGCCGGCGUCUCUACCGUCGAGGCUUACUACCGUGCCGCGCGUAUCUACAACUCUGGCUCCGUCGCCUCCUCUGGUGACCUUGGCGUUGGUGCUGGUACUCCCUGCUACGCCUCGGAUGUUGCCAACCGUCUUACCGGCUGGACCACCGCUGAAAGAACUUGCACUCUUGAUUAA